CAGCUCUGCAGGAGAGGCAGGCAGGCAGGGAGGGAGGGACAGACAGAGCUGCUCUCACCUCCCUUUGAGCUUCCCAGUGCUCUGCCUGUGUGGACGCCUGAGGCAUGAAGACCAGGGGAUGGCCACUUUCUACCUUCGUGGGAUGCUGCAUAUGGAUUCUGCACGGGCUUGGGGCUGCUGCUGCAGUCCCUGUUACUACCGAGGGGCCAUUUGCUACAGGGACAGCUUCUUCCAUCACAACAGAGAGCGAGGGGCCCGGUGCCCUGGUGAUGGGCACUGUGGAGACAAGCACCUUGGCCACUGAUGCUGAGACAGUAGAGACGAUCCUCACAGAGAGUCCACCAAGCCCAUCCUUUCCUCCUGGGGCUGAGCCGAAUGCUUUGGUGACAGCAGCGAGUGAAUACGGCUCUACAGCACCACCUUUGACAAACGUGACCAAGCCUCUUAAUAUGACUCAGGAUUUUGAGAGGGGUUCUGCUGCUCCUGCUGCAGCCACGACCGCUGCUGCCAUCUCUGCACAGCACCCUGCUGUUACCCCCAAAGCAGAGCUUGAGGUAACAGCAGCCAGACCCGACAUCCCCCUUGGGACCACCCCUCUCUUUCCAGAUAUAAAGGAGGACAUUGCGGCUGUGACCAGAGAAGGAGGAGAAGAUCUAAAUCCCACCACUGAGUCCCUCCUCACCACCCCUCCACCAGCACAGCCAACUGCUGGCAGCCCUGUGGGUACCGGUGCCACCAUGCUGCCAAGCCAGGGGCUGACCACAGCCACGCGAGCAGUUGAGGAAGGUGUUACCCUUCCUCUGGAUAUCCAAAGUGAAGACAGUGCCAACUUCUCAAGCCCCAGGCCCAGCACUGGGGGGCUGCUUACAGCCCAGCAGGACAGAGUGGUGAGUGGAGCUGUGGGCAUCACCCCAGAGCCAGUGGGAGAAAUGACCCCAGCUGCUGAGGAAAGUCUCUCAGCUGCAGUGCCUGGAGAUGCAGAAGAUGCACUAAAUGGUGAAUACAGCCCAGCUGCCUCAACCUUCCUGCCCCUGGAGAGCCCAACAGUGUCAGGAACAGUGAGAAACCUAUGGGAGCCCUCCCUCCUCCCUGGGCAGGCAGUGCUGAGCCCAACUACUUCACUGGCACCGGCCGGUAGUGAGGAUGGGGAUGGGCAGGGAACCCCUGGGGUGUCAUUGGAGGCUCCUGGUUCAACCCUGUCACCUGCAGCCAGCGAGGCACCCACGGCAACAGAGGACACUGCCGUCUCACUGCUAGCCCCGGGGGUUCCCAUGGAUGUACUGAGUGGCAUAAAUCCCACAGUCUUGACCACUGCACUACCCAGAGGGGACAUGGGGGCUGUGCAUCUACCCAAACCAUCACUGCAACCUGCCCCAUGGCAGACACUCACUGGAGAACAGCCGCCACUGCCUGUUGCUGCUCUGCCAUUCCCCAGUGCCCCUGGGGCUGCUUACCCACCCCCAGGAACUGGAUCUGGCACCCUGCCUGCACCUGAUGAUGGGACAGAGACACCAGCAAGCCCCAACCUCACUGCUGAUCAAGGGGCACCCGUGUCUCCAUCUCUCGGAGGGUCACAGCCAUGGGAGGUGGCAGCUGAUGGUCCCCAGCAUGGUGAUGGCACUGGCUUGAAUUCAGCUCCAGAUGCUCCCAAUCCAGAAUCUUUUGUACCUGAUGGACUGGCAUGGCCCACUGCUGGGGCCCAGGGUCAGGGGGCUGAGGGUGCAGGGGACACAGCACAGUCAGGAGAUCCAGGGAACGGCAGUCCUUAUGCAGAUAUCCAGACUGACAUGAAUCCUUCAGCCUUCAGUGUUCAGCAAGAUCCACCUAACACUGGAGAGCAGUCAACAGGAGAAACAGGCACUUUGGUGAAUGCUGAACUGUUCCCUCUGUCAGGUCCUGGGGACAGAGCAGCAGCAGGAGCAGUGCCACCACUGGGACAAGGGUUCCUGCCUGGUCCCACACCUGGCAGUGCUGGCCUGGAGCCUGGUAUCAUGGGGGCUGAAGGACCAGGGCACCUGCCUGGUGAACCUGCCAGUGCUCCUGGGGCUGCUUACCCACCCCUGUGGGGGGCAGCUGGCCCCGUGUCUGGGGCAGACACAGCAGUGAGCCCUGACCUCAGUGCUGCCCAGGGAGCUCCCGUGAUUCCGUCCUUCGGGGAGUCACAGCCACUGGGAAUGGCAGCUGGUGCUCCUCAGGGACCAGGUCUCCUUGAAACCAAUGGACCUGGCACCGGCUUGACUUCGACAUGGGAUGGCCCCAGUUCAGCAGCGUUUGGACCGGUGGGACCCCCAUCAGCUGCCCUUGGGGUCCAGCUUGGCACAGAUGUGGGGCUGCCGGCAGCAGGGGAGCAUGGAGCUGGCCCAGUAGAGCAGGCGCUGGGAGGAGUGGGCAGUGGGACUGGGUUUGAGCCACCCCUGAUCCCUGCGGCAGGCAGAGGGCCAGUGGCUGGGAUGGGUCAGCUGCCUGGGGCAGGUUCCUCAUUUGGUCCUGCCUCUCCCAGUGGUGCUGUGGCAGCACCCUCCGUUUCAGAGGGUGAUGGAGCAGAACGCAUCCCAGCCGCAGCCCUUCUCCCUGAUGGCCUGCCCCCAGCCUCUCCAGACAGUGAAACUGGUUCAGAGCUUUCUCUGGUGCCGGGGACUGAGAACAGAGGGGAUGCAGCACAGGCAGGAAACCCAGAAAAGCCCUACACAGAGACAAGUCCUUCAGCUUUCAGUGUUCAGCAAGAUCCAUCUAACACUGGAGAGCAGUCAACAGGAGAAACAGGCACUUUGGUGAAUGCUGAACUGUUCCCUCUGUCAGGUCCUGGGGACAGAGCAGCAGCAGGAGCAGUGCCACCACUGGGACAAGGGUUCCUGCCUGGUCCCACACCUCCUGGCAGUGCUGGCCUGGAGCCUGGUAUCAUGGGGGCUGAAGGACCAGGGCACCUGCCUGGUGAACCUGCCAGUGCUCCUGGGGCUGCUUACCCACCCCUGUGGGGGGCAGCUGGCCCCGUGUCUGGGGCAGACACAGCAGUGAGCCCUGACCUCAGUGCUGCCCAGGGAGCUCCCGUGAUUCCGUCCUUCGGGGAGUCACAGCCACUGGGAAUGGCAGCUGGUGCUCCUCAGGGACCAGGUCUCCUUGAAACCAAUGGACCUGGCACCGGCUUGACUUCGACAUGGGAUGGCCCCAGUUCAGCAGCGUUUGGACCGGUGGGACCCCCAUCAGCUGCCCUUGGGGUCCAGCUUGGCACAGAUGUGGGGCUGCCGGCAGCAGGGGAGCAUGGAGCUGGCCCAGCAGAGCAGGUGCUGGGAGGAGCGGGCAGUGGGACUGGGUUUGAGCCACCCCUGAUCCCUGCGGCAGGCAGAGGGCCAGUGGCUGGGAUGGGUCAGCUGCCUGGGGCAGGUUCCUCAUUUGGUCCUGCCUCUCCCAGUGGUGUGGUUGCAGCACCCUCCGUUUCGGAUUCAUCCAGCCCAAGUGCUUCUGGUGCUCUGCCACCUUCCCUGAGUGCUGGGCCUGAGGUCCCUCCUGCUUCAGGAGAAGGAGCAGGUGAAACAGCUGGUGAUGGAGGGUCCCUGGGGCAGGCCUGGGCCCCUGCUGGAGAGGGACCAGCCGGUUCAGGAGCCCCUGAUGGAGAAAUGAGAGCCGUGCUGCAGUCUGCAUCUUCUUCAUCUGCAGAGGGGUCUUCAUCACCCAGGAUAGCUGUAGAGGCUGCUAACGGAGCAAGCCUUCCUGCAGCUGGUGGUGGCUUGAGCACAGACUUGGAGGCUGCUGGCACUGAGAAACGCCUUGUGCCUGCUCUUGGCAUCCAGAGCGGUGCCAAUCCUGGACUUUCUGAUGCAAAACCGAGCCAAGCCAAUGUGGUGGAGCUGCCUGGAGGAUCCUCAGUGAACGGGGGACCUUCCCCUGGUGCCAGCCUGGGGAAAGGAGCAGGAGCCAUCAUGCAGAAGAUGUCAGGAGCACCGGCCCCAUCUGCCCUCACGUCCCCUCGGGAGGUGAAGCCCCUGGUCCCAGUGGCUCCUGCCAGCAGUGGCAUUUCCAAAAACAUGGCCACCUCUACGGCUGCUUCUCUGCCUCUUCCCGGGCAUGGGCUGAGCUCAGGGUUGGCACUCAAUGGGAACACCAACUCUGCCCCUGGCACCCAGAGUGGGAGCAGACCCCUGAUGCCAGGGGCAAGGGGUGGGCUGGCAGGAGAUGCUGGAGGUGCUCAGACAUGGUCUCUUGAAGACGAGGUGGCCUCAGGGAUGCCAGCACCAUCGGGAGAGGUGUCCCCCCCGUGCUCCUCCAUCCCCCGGUGCUGCCCUGGCACUGCCUUCUGCUCCACAGAGAGAAAGCGCUGCACAGGGAGAGACUACCAGCUCCAGGCUUUCUGCUCCGCUUCCAGCAUUUGCAGCUGUGCCCCUCUAUGAAUACGGAGUGAAGGAAAACGAUCAGCAAUACGUGGAGAGAAGAGUGGAUUUUAAUUCUCCGCUUUUCAAGCCUGAGAUCGGAUUCCCAUUUGGGAAAACCCUGCGUGACUCUCUCUACUUUACAGACAACGGACAGAUCAUUUUCCCAGCCUCAGACAAGAGCAUCUUUACAUAUCCCAACCCUCCUCCCAGUGGCUUUAAUGGCCAUGAGGAAGUUCCCAUGAUUGCUGUGUUUUGGGACAAUGCUGACUUCUCCAAAGGGAUUGGCACUACCUAUUACCAGGAGUACAUCACCCUCAACACGGCCAAACCUCCAUUUGUCCGUGAUGUGGAAGCAAAGGUUCGGCAGUACCUGAUGUCCUCCUACUCUGCAGCCUGGACCCUGAAGAUCACCUGGGAGAGGGCACCUGCCUACACAGCACAGACUGACACCCGCAGGACGAUCACGUAUCAAGCCAUUCUGACCACUGAUGGCUUCAGAUCCUACGUCCUGAUGUUGUACCAAGACGGAGGCAUGCAAUGGGAUUACACCAGGCUUGCUGCCACCAAUGUGCUCAUCGGUUACACCAGCGGGGAUGGUUUUUACCACAACGAUGACCUGACUCAGAGACCUCCAGUCGCUAAAUAUCGUCCUGACCAGUUCAGGGGCUACAACACAGACCUUCGCGGGCUAUGGAUUUACAAGCUGGAGAACCGAGUGGGUAUCAACUACCGGCUGAAGUGCCUGGCAUGGACAGGGAGGCAGCAGGAGCCACAGGCAUGGAGCCAGGGCCUGCCCGCCUGCCCCUGCUCCCUGCAGCAAGGGCAGCAGGACCCCCGCUUCAAGAGCAGCCAUGGAGGCUGGUGGGCUGCCCGUGUCUCCAUGCUGCAUUCUGCCUCUCCCAACCAGCACGGUGCUGGCAUCCGCUGCCUGUACGACAGUCAGAACCAGCUCAUUGAGGGGCGGCAGGAGAGGUACUGGAGGCCCUUCAGGCAGGCGUCCCCCUACCGUGACCAGGAGCUGAAGUUGUAUGACUGGUGCUGUAACCAGGCUGGCAGCGCCCACCUCUGUGCCCGCUACAGUGAGAAGAGACCAAAGAUUGGCUGUGAUGGAUACCAGUUACCUGGCACAGCAGGUUCCUCAGAGGAGUCAGAGAGCUACUCGGAGGAGCAGAGGUGGAGAGGAUGAAUAACUGUGGGACUGCACACCCACAGCAUGGUCUGGGCCACAGCUGAUCCUCUGAGUCCUUUGCUUCUGCUCAUCCACUGUGUCCCUGUGCUAUCCCCAGCACCCAUCACCCUGCCCAUCACACAAGGCAGCUCACUUGGCCAGUGCCUGCUCCACUGGCAGAAGUCCAUGUUUUUAACCCAGACUUGUCCCAAGAACCAGUAGCUUUAGUUGCCCUUCCCCAGCUGCAGCUGAGUGGGGUGCUCAUGGGCACCUCCUUGCUGGCAGGAGAUGGACAGGUACCCCUCACCACAUACACCAUCUCUUUUUCCCACUACAUCCCACCGCACCUCCCAUGCAGCCGGGGGAGGUUGGACCCUUGGCACCUGGGGAACGGGUUUUUGCACCUUGCAUGGGUUGACUGUGUCCAAGCCACUGCAUACCAUGAUGUGCCAGGCUCACCCCAUGAGCUGGUUCUGUCCUGUUCCCCAUACCUUUGCUGGGUAUGUGAGAACAAAAUGCAAUCUCAUGAUCAGAAAUUGGGAGAAAAAUAAUUAUUUUGUGUAUAAAAGAGCAUCUGCCUUUCUUAAAAAAGGAAAAAAAUAAACCCUUAUCAAUCUUGUUUGUUCAAUAAAGCUUCCUAGGGGUCUGAGCAUCA